AGCGUCCUCGUGCUUAUUCAAAUCACCCGCGCGCGCUCCGUGCCCUCUGUCCGGCGAGUCUCAGCCGUGUCCAGUCUGCGCCCUGACCGCGUCUUUACGCACGGACCGAACGAGCAGAGCGCACGGGAAUGGAGCAGCCAGACCCGAGAAGGAGCAGUUAACGCGGACACAGAGAGGACAUGUGCCCGGUCUCGCUCUGGUUCCAUCCUUAGACUCGACACCGCGGUUACGUCCUGAUCUGUCCUCUGGAUGCGUCACCAUGAACCUCCCCAGCGACGUCGCGUUCACUCACUACGACCCUACUUCCUCCUCUGCCAAUGAUGUCACUUCCCCUCUGUCUGCCUCCGCUCCUCCCCUUCACCCUGACCCUCCCCCGACCGACAAACCAGAGGAGCUUCCCCACAGCCACCUCCUACAAACGAACCAAACGGAACUUUUCAAUCCUUACACCGACCCCACGUCACCUGCGACCGUCGUUGGUCAACCCGCCCACCCCGCGCUCGUCCAGUCAGAGAGUUUGAGCGUUCCGGAAACCGGCUCGAGCCCUCCCCGCCUGUCCAUCGUGUCGUCACUGAGCCCAGAUCUGGAAUGCUCCAUCUGCUUCAGUCAGUUCAACAACGCCUUCCGCUGCCCCAAGAUGCUCCACUGUGGUCACACGUUCUGCCUGGAGUGUUUGGCGCGGAUGAACGUGAAAUCCCCGGAGCCGAGCGCGCUGCUGUGCCCGCUGUGCCGCGCCUCCACGCCGCUGCCCGCCCUAGGACUGCCCAAACUCAACACCGACGCCAGCGUGCUCUCCUGCCUGCCCAGCUCCAUGCACAGAGUCUACAGCGUGCGCUUCGUGAGGAACAAGGGCCGGCUCCAGCUCAAGAGGCCCGACGGCAUACUGACCCAAAGCAUGCGGCGCUCUGUGGACGUGGGCCUGCCCAGUCCGGUGCCCAGGGACUCGGUGCGCGGGACCAGAGGCGGCAUGGGUGGAGCUCUGUUCAGACUGACAGGUCGUCCAGCCUGUCGGGCCUUCCUCCUCACGGCCGUCAUCUCCAUGAUCGUCCUCCUCACCGCCAUCAUCGUCUACCUGCUCACCUACUUCAAAACCCAAACGCCGUGACGUCUCUCCCUGUCCUGCCCGAAACGCAAAAACACCCGGAAUGCAGCAGGAACAUUUGGAAAAGAGACAUGGACCAGCACGUCCCCUCUGCAGAAGACUGAGAUGACGUGAGGAUAAUAAAGGACAAAAUAAGAAAAGUAUGAAAUAAUUUGUCUUUGGAUUUAUUGUCAGGUCAGGAUGUUUUUAUUUUAAAGGUUCUGCAUUACACUCUUCUCUGAUUUGGUUGUUUUCUCAUCACAAACAGACCUGGAGUUGUUUUGUUUCAUUCACACUGCAGAUUUAGGCUUCUGUUCUGCUGUAUUUUUAAACUCCAUGCGUCUUCACUAGAAUCAUUUAGAUGAUUUCAGUUCUGGAAUUGACCUUUUUCACAACGUCCGGAAUUGCUGCGAUGUAGGGUAAACGUCACUUCCUGUUAAUGGUUGUCUGUCUGAAUGUGUGUCGUUUUCUCCAGCAGCUUCAUAAAUCUGCCCCAUCACCAAAUCUUCAACCAACAAGGUCCACAAAGGAUAAACAUUCUUCCAAGAAUAAUUUAUCCACGAUUGUCAAGGUAAGAAAGACGAAAACUUAAAGGCAAACAACGACAACUCAUUAGUGACACACUGAGCAAAAUUAACGUUAUGGUCAUGAAUAAAACAAGGAACUUACGACCUACAUGGAGAGAUUGUGUCUGUCUAUGCUGAUCUACAUCAUGAAAUCCAUUUUAUUUUAAUUCUACAAUCAGUUUGAGUUCACAAGUUACUUAUUAAUGAAUUACUUAUUACUUCUGUUUGAUUCGUGACCAUAACGUUUUUGCUCAGCUCACUGAUGCUCGUCAUUGUUCGCCUUUACGUUUUCGUCUUUCUUACAUUGAUAGUUGUGGAUAAAUUCUUCAUGGACAAAACGUUUAUCUUUUGUCGACCUUGUUGGUUGCAGAUUUAUGAAGCUGGUGGGAAAUACGCCAGACAUUUCCAGAUAUUUUGCCACAGAAAACCAUAAACCAGAAGUGACGUUAAACCAACAUCACGACACUUAAUCUCUACUCAACAAAAUCAAAAAGGAUAGCUGUUAACUUGACAUGACGAGGUGAAACUGAGCAUUUGGAGCUUUAAGACGUAAACCGACUAAUAAUAAAGGUCGAACAUGUAUAAAUGAAAACAAUGAAACAAAACAGUAGGUUUUUGAAGAUGCAACAACAUUCUAACGUCUCAUUUAAAUCUCACAAGAAUCCAUUUUGUGUAAUAUAGGACCUAAAAGACAAGUCAACUGUAUUGGAUCGUGUCAAACAUUCGAUAUUAUUCAUUCAAAUUUGCUCGAUCAUAUGACGCAGAUCCGGUAGUCGCACUUGAUUUUUGACACCCCGUAACCGAUACACACUUCUAAAUUUGAACCUUGAAUGUCAAAUCUUAUCUGCGAUCACAGUACUUUUUGCUCCACCAGAUCUGCGUCAUCGUCACUGCCACUUCCUGUAACAAAGAUGGCGCACGGGGGGAGCCUCUUUUACAAACUCGACUGUGGUCCUUUUGUUGAGGCGCCUCAUUCAAAUCAGAUGCAAAGUCGGAAGCAGUUACUUUUCCAUAUUUCCAUGUUCCACAAACGCGGAGGACGAUGCAAAUGAGUCGGUUAUUUUUGCCCCGGACACCACCACCUCAGCCCCGUCUGUUUUAAAUGUUUCACUGUCUUUUAUUUUGUCACUGAAGGCACUUUUUUUUAAACCGUUUUAGAUUGAAUCGUUUUUGUUUAUACUCUGACGUAAAAUAUAACUUUUAUGUAUUUAAUUAAACUGUUUUAGGAAAAUUGUGAAUAAAUAAAUGCUGUUUUUGAAUGA